CGUCUGAUGAAUGCCCCUAGACGCCAUAAGAGUACGCCACGUUCAUGUCUCUUAUUGUCAGUAACCUGCAGUAACCCAUUUACCGGCACAACGAUAGGGAUUUGUAAAAUAAUCAUAAAUAUUUCUCUUAGACAAAUCUAAUGAUAAAAAGUAUGUUUCGAAGUUAUCUAAAUACUAUAAUAUGGAGUUCCACGCUAUUCUUGAUUUUACACAUUCGUUUUCUUAAUGCCGCCGACCUCGUGGAUCCGGAUUUAAGUUUAAAGAUAGUGGAAAAACAUAUUGACUUGCAAUCACAAUUAACGAAGAUCACAACGAGAGUUAUAUUAGAAAAUGGAAGUAAAGAUCGACAAAUACGGCAUUUUUUAUUUGCUAUUGAUCCUGGCCACAAAGGCACUCUCAGCUACAUAUCUGCUCAACGUGAAUCUGGAAGAAUAGAACUUAAAGUAAAAGAAGCUAAAGUAGACAAACAUCCAGAUAAGAUUUUUUAUUCUAUCGAUCUUAAAGAUCCAUUAUCGCAAGGUCGUACAAUGUCUGUAGAAGUAGAAACUAUAUUUACUCAUGAACUUAUACCACAUCCUAAACAGAUUACACAAAAAGAAAAACAACUUGUGAAAUACAUAGGAAAUGUUUACAUUUAUUCUCCUUAUGCAGUUGGAAAACUGACUACAACAGUAUCAUUACCUAGUCGCAAUGUUGAAAGUUAUUCAAAGAUAAAACCUGUGUUCCAAAGUGAUUCUACAAUUACAUAUGGUCCAUAUGAGAAGUUAUCUCCAUUUUCUUAUGAAGAAUUAACAGUACAUUUUGAAAAUAAUAAUAAGUUCCUUACGGUUACUAGAAUUGAAAGGUCUAUUGAAAUAUCGCAUUGGGGUAAUAUAGCCGUAGAAGAGAGCAUAGAUUUAGUACAUACAGGUGCUCAACUAAAAGGAUCUUUCUCUCGCUAUGAAUAUGCUCGUGAAACUAAAUCUGGACAAGCAAGCAUACAAAGUUUUGAUACCAUUCUGCCUGCUGCAGCUUCUGACAUUUAUUAUAGAGAUGAAAUUGGGAAUAUUUCUACAUCACACACACGUAUUAAGAAGGAUUCUGUGGAAUUGAAUUUAAGACCAAGAUUUCCGUUAUUUGGUGGAUGGAAGACACGUUACACGAUUGGUUACAAUGUACCGAGUUAUGAGUACUUAUUCCAUUCUGGAGAUCAGUAUGCACUAGAAAUGAGAUUAUUGGAUCAUAUCUUUGAUGACAUGGUUGUAGACGAGUUAAUUGUAAAAAUUAUUCUACCUGAAGGAUCACGUAACAUAAAAUUAAAUUUACCGUAUCCAGCAACACGUCUGCCAGAUAGUUUACAUUAUACUUAUUUGGAUACUACAGGCCGUCCUGUAAUUUCUGUUACUAAAAAGAAUUUAAUUGAAAAUCAUAUUCAAAAUUUUCAACUAAAAUAUACAUUUCCCCGUCUUUUAAUGUUACAAGAACCAUUACUUGUAGCACUUGCUUUAUAUUUACUAUUUUUGUUUGUUAUAACAUAUGUAAGAUUGGACUUUUCAAUUGAUAAAGAUGAAAUAUCAGAAAGUAAAUUACGUAUUGCGGGUCAAUGUGAGAAAAUAUUAGCUGCACAAGAUCGUAGAGUUACCUCAUACAAUGAAUUAGAUGACCAACUAAAUUAUUUGAAAACAAGUAAAGAUGCUAAUGCAUUUUUGUCUGCUGUAAAAAGCAUUAAUCAAGAAUACAAAAGUGCAACAAAUGCUGUUACUGAAAUUGCUCAACGUUUAAAGGGAGAAUCAGGGGAUAUGCAUGAACGUGUUCAAGAACUCCAAAAAUAUGACAAAAUAUUGAAAGAAUUGUACAAUCAACAACAAUCAUUAUAUGUAGAUAAGUUAGUUCCAGGAAAAAUUGGACGUCAGCAAUUUGUUGAAGCAGAAACAGCUAUUACAAAGAAAAAAGAAGAAUGUGUAGAAAAAAUAAAUUCUAUCGUUAAGUCACUUCAAUAAUACAACUUUCAGGAUUAUUUGUUUAAAACAUUAAUGCGUUUCAGAACAAAAGACUUAGUAAUAAUGGUGCAUUUGCAAUACAGUAAGUUUAUUAUCACGUUUGUAAAUUAAUCUUAAAUAAAUUUAAAAAACUAUAAAUGAUUAUUGCAUAAUAAAUAAUAUGGCAUUAAUUGUACUAUAAGAUUUGUAAUAAAGAAGCGUAUAAAAAUAA